AUUACGUUUUUUUUUUUCCUAAAAAAUACCUAUCACAUUGACAUUUUCUACUUUUCCUUUCUCUUCAAACUAUCACUUACCGUCCCCGUCGAUUGAUUACCCUUCAAUGUCAAACAUCAUGAACCUGCCAUUCGAGCAGGACCGGAGCCAAGAUAAUAAACAGGGCCCGCCGCAAAAUGAAUACCAGCAAACACAAAACGUUCAAUACCAACCGCUAUAUCGACAACCGGUGUACCAUCAACAGCCGCCCUACUAUCCACCACAGGUCCCACCCCAGGUCCCUCAGAUACUGCAGCAGCAGAUACCGCAGCAGCAGAUACCGCAGCAGCAGAUACCGCAGCAGCAGAUACCGCAGCAGCAGAUACCUCAGCAGCAGAUACCGCAGCAGCAGAUAUCGCAGCAGCAGAUACCACAACGCCCAUUCGGUCAAGAGUUCCAACAGCCGUAUCCGUUGGUAAACGAACGGAGAAGUCGAAGAUCCCAUAAGAAUUCAAGAGAUGGAUGCCCCAAUUGCAAGAAACGUCGAGUUAAAUGUACAGAAGAACUACCUUCGUGUGCAAAUUGUACCAAGAAGAAGUACCGUUGUGGCUACUUGGACUUUCCCGCUGAUAAACUUGAGGCAAUUAGAAAGAAGAAUGAAAUAAAAGACCGGGAAAGUGUUCCUGAAUCAAAUUUGAGUGGAAGUAGCACUCCCUCUGUUAAAACACUUUCAUCUAAUGCAACCCCCAAUAUUAGAACGGGUCAAGUUGAUGAAGGAUUUAAUAAUGAUUCUUUAGAACAAAAACAAGAAUCCAUACCGUCAAAUAAUAAAUCUCUGCAAUUACAACAACCAAUUUUGGAGAAUUUUCAAACAAAUCAACCAUUUAUAAAUAUUGAGGAUUUACGUAAAUACGUUUAUACUAAUUCUUUUAUUAAAGUGGCUCAAGAUAUGAAUUGGAACUCUUUAUUAGAAAAUAGUGAUUUCAAUUCUUUACAAAUUCCAAGAUUCAAACCUUCAAAUGGAAAUAAUGAUAAUUUUAAUGAUUUUUUCAAUAAUUCUUCCAAUCAUCAUCAACCUUUGUUUGGGGAUCAGUUAAAUCGUUAUGAUUCUAUGCACCUGGAUGAUUAUCAAAGCCAAAUGAAUUCUCUAAUGAUUGAUAAUCCUAAGGAAGAACAUCAACACGAACAACACGAACAGCAUCCCCAUCAACAGCAACUCCAGCAACUCCAACAGUAUCAACAUUUUGAUGAAACUCUUGAAAGCUAUCUACAUCCUAAAACAAACACCUCAACUACAAUACCUCAUGGUCCUCUACCAAAUGCCAUAAUUAAACCUAUUAAUUUCCCCAAGAUUGAAGUUGAUCCAAAAUUGAAAAACGUUUUCUUACAAAGAUAUCUUGAUUUGAAUAAUCAUGAUUCUUCAAUAGUUGGUUUAAUAAAUGAAGAAUAUGAACACUCGUUCCAACCCGUUUGGAAUAAUAAAUUAUCACAUAAUUUUUGGACCACAGUUUUCAAUCAAUCAGUUGUUCUAAAUGUUUAUUUUUCAUUUUUCAUGGAUCGUUCCCUUAAUUUCCUAUUAAAAGUUUGCAGUGUUGUUGUUCACGGUGAUAGUUUUAUAACUAAUUUAGAUGAUCCAAGUGAUAGUGGUGGAUAUUCUUCAAAUUCAUCUAAAGCAUCAACACCAAAAUCACCUGAAGCAAUAAUGAAAAAAGUUACCGAAACGAGUAAAUUUAGUAAACAUGAUUUAAAUGUUUUAACUAAAAAAUCGUUUUCAUAUUAUGGUAAAUUGAUAAGUGACUUAAGAGCGUCUUUAAGUACAUUUCAUAUUGAAUUUUCAACUAAGAUAUCAUUAUUUUCUGCUUGGUCAUCAUUUAUUCAUUCUCAUUCCACGGUUGAUACGAUUAGUUUAUUAUAUAAUGGUACAGCAUUAUUAUUUUCCAAGAUUUUAAAUGAGGCAAAUCUGAUCAAUGAUGUAACUCCAACAAUACAAGUUCUGAUGGAAAUUUUUCAUACUCAUUGUUUAGUCUCAAAAGUUCCUGAUUAUACAUUUGAUGUUAUAUAUGAAAUACAUGAUUAUUUCAUCCAAUUUAAAACGUUAUGUGAAUCAUUAAUGGAUUCAAAAUUCAAAUUAGAAGAUUGUUUAAAACGUAAAACCAAGGUUAAUAAACAAUUGAGUAUUAAACAGUUUUUGAAUGAUAAAUUAUUUCAUCACGAUUUAAAUGAAUUAGAGAAAUUUUUAGAUAAAUUCAUUAAAGAGUACUAUCCAAAUAUAAUUAAAAUUAAUGAACAGUAUUCUAAAAAAUAUGGUUAUAUUGAUCGAAAUAUUCAUUAUGUUUCAUUCAGUUUGGUUUUUGAAUUAUUAAAUCAUUGGUUCAGAAUUUUCCCCAGUGAAGUUAUUUCAAUUGGAAGUAAAAUGAAUCCAUUCAAAAAAACGUUUUUCUUAUUUUAUUCUGCUUUAGGUAGAUCACUCAAUCAUAUUAUUCCUCCAAUAAGAAGUUUAAUGUUGGUUGAUCCAUGUCAUGUUUUUUGUCCUAAACUUGAUUUUGAUUUUGGUUUAUAUCAAAUUAAAAAAUUUAAUGAUUUAGUUAUUGAUGAAAAUCAAACUAAUUUAAAAAAAUUUAAUCAAUUCAAUUUAUUAAAUGAAAUGUCAAUGAAUUUAUUAAGAAUGGUUCAUUUUUUCGAUAAUCGAUUAUUAUUUUAUUCUUAUUACUUAUCUACCAGUUCUGCGCUUGAAGAACCAUACUUGAAAAAUGUCGAGCCAAUUGACAUUACCUAUAGGGAUGUUUUACAAAUAAUACCUCCUAAGUUGGAUUGUAAAGAAAAAUUCAUUGAAAAAUUUAAUGAUGAUUUCAUUCAUUUAGCAAGUUAUCCACAAUUUGAAAGAUUUUUCUCGAAUAAAGACUUAGUUCAUCAAUUCAAUACCGAACUAUACAGACAGGAAAAUAGUUUCCAAGAAAACUUAUCUUUCAAUUAUCAAGCAGGAUGUUUAAAUAAAGACUUCAAUACUCAGGCCAUUCUCCGUGAUAUUCAUCAAAUUGAAAAACAGAGGUGGGAAGAAAGUAAGCCGGACAUUGACAGAACAAGACUUCGUAUGCAUUACUUUGAAUUGGGCAGGCGAGAAAUCCUGAAAUGCUUACAGUAUAGACGUCGUUAGUUCUUGACAAUCUUGUGUUCUGUUCUCUUUUUUUUUUUUUUUUUUUCUUUUU